GCGACCAAGAAACAUCGAAGUAAAGAGUGUUAAGAGCAAGUACCAGAAUCACAAGUACUAAAUACAUUGUUUACGAGAACAGUAACAAGUGAUUGAGUGAAAAUGUCUCUGAUACCUAUGUUGUUCUCCAACUGGUGGGAGGAUUUGGAUCAUCCGCACCGACUCUUCGAUCAGAACUUCGGUCGGGGCUUGCAUCCUGAACAAUUAUUGAGCCCAAGUCGUAUCGAACAAUAUGAACAUCUUUGGCCCCCUAUUAUGGACAGAAGAGUGACGGCAAGAGACCCUUCACUUCUGUACUACAGACCUUGGCGUAAACUUCUGCAUAAAGAAGGAGGUACAUCCACCGUCCAGGCGGAUAAGAAUAAAUUUCACGUGGUCUUGGACAUUCCGCAGUUUAAGCCGGAGGAAAUUAACGUUAAAGUCGUUGACAAAUGCGUAAUUGUCGAGGGCAAACACGAAGAGAAAAAGGACGAACACGGAUGGAUUUCACGCCAGUUCACCAGGAAAUAUCUGAUACCUGAGCAAUGUGACAUCGAGCAAGUAUCAUCUAGUCUAUCUUCCGAUGGUGUACUCAGUAUCACCGCACCUAGGAAGCAUCAACCAAAGGUCCAGGCUGAGAGAACGAUUACCAUCGAACACACCGGUAAGCCGGCAAUAAAAAAGGCCCCGGAGGAGCAGAAAGAAAAAGAAGAAGAGAAGAAAGAAGAAAAGUAAACCAUUGUUCUUGAACAUUAUCAAUUGUAAUUGAUAAUACUUUGUGUUCCUAUUUCACACUGUUUUAAAUUUUGUCAUUUUUCUAUGAGUAUUUUUUAAAUAAAUGUUUAAAAAC